AUAAUGAACAAUCUGAUGAUGAAUUUGAAGAAUUUGAUAAUAAAAAAUUUAAUCUUAAUCAAAUUUCAAUUUAUCGAGCAACAAGUAUUGCUGAAAGUACUGGUGCAACAGAAGUAUUUGAAAAUUUAUUAGUUAGAUUUGUCUCAAGUAUGAGUACAGAAUCUAAUAUUAAGAGAAAAAAAACAGAAAUUGAAGUUAGUAAUGAAAUAGUUGCAGUUAAAAAAAGAACAGAAGAAUUGGAUCCAAAAAAAUUAUUUUAUGAAAAUGUACAUUUUUUAGUUGAAGAUUAUGAAAGAAAACAAAAAAGACUUACAGGAAAAAAUGAAUUAACUGCAAAUGUAUAUUAA